UUUCAAACAAAAAAAAAGUUACAUUGUCGAACAAGGUUAUUCACUAAAAAAGAUAUGCAAGCUCAAAGCAAAUUUCAGAUUUAAGGUAGAAAAAGUCAAAAUGGAAAAUAUUCUCGACGCCAGCUAUGCUUCCAGUUUGGCUACGUUAGCCUUGUAAAUGAAAUCCACUUUGAAUUUACUUGGAAUUUUCACUUUAGUGAAUAACUCUGUAGGGGUCUAAUGAGAAACAAUCCUACAGAAAGUUUUCUUCAUAGAACCAACAGGCUUACUAAUAAGCUCUUUGUAAGACAGGCAAAUUGCACAGUGCUGUCAUUUGUGGGAGGAUCAGGAAGAAUGCUGAGAUUUGAAGACAGGAACUUGCUGCAUGACUUGCUUCUAUGCAGCUUCCAAACAUACAGCAAACUUUGAACACAAUGAACGCUGUGCUGCUUCUCCUCACUGUCCCUUUACUAGCUGUUACAUCUCAGGAAACCUGUAACCUUCCUCCCAGCGAAUGGUGUAGUUCAUGGGAGACUGCCAAAGCUUGCCAGGUAAGACCACUUGUUCUAAAAUAAUGUUUACUUUUAGUUAUAACUUCUCUCCCACAUUUGUGUCCUGUCAUGAGAAAAUGUUUUUAGAAAAUCUUGUAAUCCCCCUUUACCUCUAAAAUCUGUACCCCAUCUUCUUUAGAUUGUAAGCUCAUGUGAGCAAGGUCCUCAGCACUUGUAACAUGCAAGUCUAACGUAGUUGUAUGGUUCGUGGACUCAACGUACAGUUCUCCAGAAAAUGUAAGCACUUUAUUAAUAGUAUUAUUCUUGUAUCGUAAAAGAUUAUAUUUUAAAGUACACCUAUAGCCGGUCCAAGAAUCCUAGAGAUUUUGGUUCUAUAAAAAAAAAUAAGGGUUCCAAUAUUUGGUUAUCCCUACUAUAUAAUAAUGUAAUGCACCCAGUAAACUUCUAUGCAUGAUAGUGUGAUCCUGCUCCCCCACAGGGCAUCAGAUCUUUAGAAAAUAGCACAGUCCUCUAUGUAUUGAUUAACCAGAGCUUUAUCGAGACACAAAGCACUCCGUUUUUUGUCUGCAAUAAUGACCAUUGUCCAUAUUCAAUGUACAGUAGCAGGCAACUGAAAUCAUACAAUUUUCCUACAAAGGAAAUCCUAGCUCAACUGUGCACUAACAAGUAGAAGUAGAACUAACAAACACCGGAUUCAUAAACCUUCAGAUUUCCUGUAUAUUUUGAUUUUUCAUCAUUCUUUGCUGCAACAAGUCUCUCUCCCCUCUGAAUGUCUACCCCCCCCCAAUAGUACCUUGCAGCUGAAGGAAGUUUGGAGUUGGUUUGAACUCCUGGCCCAGAUUAGUCAUUUUUGUUCUGCAGUUGUUCAGAAACCACGGAGUGGAUAUCAUACCCCUCUCUCCGAAAUAGAGGGGAAAUAUUUAUACCGUCGCUGAAAAUUCCAUGCACCUUAUCACAGCUAGCUAUGCUAUGGUUUUAAUCAAAAGAUUUUGGUAGUGAUGGAUUUAAAUGUUGGGCUAUUCGGUAUUGAUAAGAAACCUUUUACUAUAAAUUGCCUGGAUUUAUUCGGAAAAGUGCCUACCAAAUAAUUCCCCAAAAUAAUUAAUGCAGCAUUACGUUAAUAUCUCUUUGAAUAAUAUUAGCUGAGCUGUGCUAGUCAAAUGCCUAUCACACAAGUGCACGAGAAUAUAGAAAUAUAGGAAGCUCCUGGCUUAGGCAAUUAGAAAUACGAUAAUAAAAGCACUGGUAUUGUACUUUUAAAUUAAAAAUCAAUGAAUGUAAAAAAAUAAAAAAAAAAAUACAGCAGAGAUAUCUUAUAGAUCUUAAGAACACACUCCAAAUCCCUAAUGUUUGCUUCAGUAAUUGCUUUAGGGGUUAACUCAGGGGGUAAGAUUACUGAAGUGCUUUAGGGAUUAACAGCAUGUAUCUUUUGUCUUAUUUCAAAUAGUUCCCCUUUCAAGAGAAAUAGGCACAUUUAUAAAGUUUUUUGGGGGUUAAGUGUUUACUAAAAGCAGCUAUGAGAGUUUAUUGUAGAGAAACAUUGGUUUCGGUUUCAUUCCUUCUCUAUGAGCGAACCGUUGCGAUUUCUACAUAUUAUUAUUAUUAGUGACAUUUAUAUAUAUUACUAUAAGAUAAGACUAGGGACUAAUGAAAGUAUUUUAGAAAAUUGGGCAGACUAGAUGGGCCGAAUGGUUAUCUGCCGUCACAUUCUAUGUUUCUAUGUCAAUUUAUUGCACAGCAUUUUACAAUAUUAUAAAAGGGGGAAAUUUAACAAUAAAUGAGACAAUUACAAAAUGCUACAGGAACAAUAGGUUGAUGAGGACCCUGCUGAAACAAACUUAUAGUCUAGUGGAUGGGGGGUAUAAAAACUCAAUAAAAUCCAGGGGAAUAACAACCAAACAACAAAGUGGGAAAGUAGUAGAACUGGAGUUGUCAGGCUUCUUAUCUGAGAUGGGAGUCUGUAGUGCUUAUAUGUUUGCUCACCCUUGCAGAUACACAGUCCAAGGUGACCAGAUAAGAAUCCACCUGGACUGUGAAUCUGUGCACGGGGGGGCUGUGCAGGAAAGGUGAUUCCAAUGCGGCACCGGCAAAGACACAAACAGCAGGAUAGUCAAGGGAUAGCCGAACUCAAAGGAUGCCAGAGAUCUGGAUGAACAAAAAAAAGAAGCCAGGGUCAAAAUGGAGUUAAAGUUCAAGAGACUGGAAAACAGGAAUUGAACACACAAAACAGGAUCAAAAACUUGAUAAUGUUCCCAGGGCGAGGCCGUGCUUAUGUACCCAGCUGAUGGCUGAUCAAUCUCAGAUAAAGCACAGCCAUAGACGAAGUCAAGCCCCCAGUGCUGCAGACAAGCCAGGAUGAACAGGACUAGAAUAAGGACUAGGACUUACUGUGGCUCAAAGGUAGAUAGCAGGCCCAGGACAGCUAGGUACCUGACAGGAGAAUAGAAUUUGAGAAUCAGCACAGUUUUCUUGAUACAUGAGCCUUAAUGCGAACAGCACAUUUAUUUAUAUAGGUCAUUGGUGUAGCCCCAGAAUGUAUGUGUGUGUGUGUGUGUGUGUAGUAGUGCUUUCAAUUAGCAAGGUAAGUUCAAUGUAGGAGUAGUCCUGUGUGAACAUGGUGCUUAUAAAAUCAUAAGAGAAAGCAGUAAAAGAGUACAACAGGAGUAAAAAAUUAAGUAGAAGGAAUGGUGGACGUUGGAAUAUCAUUGGCUACUUGAGACGGAAAGUCUCCCUGACCAAGAGGUUAUUGGGGGAGGCAGGGGGUUGGCACUUUGCGGAAGUGUGCCAAGUGUGUAUGCAAGAGACUAAAGCAGGACUGCACCUACCAGUACCUGAAGAUAGUCAGUAAAAAUAACAUAAGAAUUUGGGUAAAAUUAUUCUAAAACAGAAAAAACAAAAGUAUAAAAGUGGAGAUUCUGUGUGGCUUCCACCAGACGUGUAAGCGCAUCGCAUUCACUAGUCAGGUGGCAUGUGUGAUCUCUGUUAUGUUUCUUGGCACAAACUGUACAACAGUUGCUGGAUCCAUAUUUGGGCAGUGUUGGGUCCAUGAGACCAAGAGUUGAGAGUAGUGUAGGUGCUUCAUCUCCUGAAGUAAGUUUGUGGAAAGUUCCAUAAGGAGGGAUCUUGGUGUUCCCUAUCUGUAGGCCAUCCCUGCGUAGGCGACUAGUGAGUGGGUUUUGUGAUUUUCGCCAAUGAAGUGUGGCCUUAGUCAAGUCUUGGUAGAAAGACAAUUGCGAAUCUUCAAAUAACAGUGGAGUCUUACCCCUCAAUGCCACUAUGACGUGGCCUUUAUCUUAAGAUGAGAAGCAUCAGAGGAUGACGAUAUAAUUGUAGGAAGACGAUAUAAUACAGCAGGUGGUUGUAGAGAGCCUAUGAGCCUUCUUGCAUAGUGUGGUAAUUCCUUCAUGGUUAUCACGGGGGUAUACCGCAGAUCUUAAUAUGGUUGUGGCAGUACUGGUCUUUCUGUGAGGCCAGUUGCAGUGAUAGAGUCUGCUGAGUAGCUUGUUUUUGGAGCAUGGUUUCUUUUAUAGUGGACAUAUCACUACGGAUUUCCUCGAUAUCUUCCUCCGUGGCUCUGUUUUUUUUAGCCUCUUUCCUCUGUCGAGCACAUUAAUGUAGUAUGUAUUAGCCUGCCAUGAUAAUGAGACCAGACAAGCAAAACUGAAACAGCACUGAUAUACCUCCCUAUCCCAUGGUCCUCAAAGGAUGGGAUACAAAAUAAUAUUAAGUAGUUUAACAUAAGGUGCUUUACAUCGUAACACCCUACAGCAUACCUAUAACAAACCAUUGUUAGAGUAAAAUGUUAACUUACUCCGAUAAAGUUUUAAAGCUGUGAUGACUUGUCCAGCAUAUUCAAGUAAAGCACAUGCUUACCUCUACAGGUGGUUUGACUAGGAACACUGAAUUCUUUCUAGCAUGCACAAUGCACAUUCCCCCCCAAAUCUUUAACCCUUAAAUCAUGAUCUUGUAUUCUGGUAUUUUUACUUUUAGUGAAUAAGCUUUGUCUUCUUAAACUUUUAUAUUCCCACUUAAUUUAGUGACACAUGUUUUAAUCCCACAUAAUUGAUAUACUAUGAAAAUCAAGUGGCAGAUCUGAAAAGUUUAAAAUAACAUUUUUAAUCACCAUUUCCUCAUUUCAGUAUCUCCUUCCCUUUUUAUCUUGUCUUUGCCUUCUUUCUUCACUUAACUUCCUUAAAUUAACUUCCCACCUUCUCUGCAAGCCUUAUAGACUGUCCUCCUUGUUCUUUUUCAUUCAGUACACAUGUACUGCUCCAUUAUGUGAAUUGUGUCCGCCUUUGCCAUGCAUGGCAGGAGCAGUUUAAAUAGCCAAAGACUCAACAUUUUUGGUUUGUGUUAGUCCCAUGCUCCAGAUGGUACAAAAAGCUUUAUGCUGUUUUCAUGUCACCAAUGAUAUCAGGAAGAACGUUACUGACCUGUGGGAUGAGUUGCAUCAACAAUUACACAAAAAGGGUGCGACUUAUUUUAGAUUGGCUGAGUCUUGUAAAUAAGAGAUGCAAGAAUGACAUAACUCCUUAAACAGUGUGAGUCAUGUCCAAAAUGACGCAGGAAUAAUGUGACCCUGCAGGAAUAUUUGGAGUUGUGUCAAUAGAAAUGUGUUUGUGCCACUACAGAGUGCUUUGUUUGAGAUGACACCAGAUCAGGGUUCUCCAAACCCCGGCCCUCCAGAUGCUGAACUACAGCUCCCAUGAUGGAGGGCCAGGGUUUGGAGAAUCGUGAUGGCUCUAGAAUGUGUGACACCCUAUCAGUCUGCUUUAGCCACACACUGUGUCCGUAUAUAUCCUAUUUUCACUUCAUAUCAGGUCACUUUUGAAGGUGAGCUUGGGAGAGUUAAAGGGGGGCUUCGCCUAAGCAUCAUGAUCUUGAUUCAAGAAAAUAGACACAAAGCUUCACUUUUAGAGUGAAAGUGUUGUAUUUUGCUUCUGCUAAAUCUUUGUGUAUAGGGGGUAAGUCAGGGAGUGCUUGGCAGAUUCCCUAUCUACAUUGACACUAACAAGACUCUUGCCCCCUUCAGAUGGUACAUGCCAUGACUGAAGAGGCAGGUGGAAUGAAUGUACCGCUAAAAAGGAAGUUGGCCUUGGGUUCAUCCAGUGCAGUUUCAGGGGGACCAUCUGUGUGCUCAUGACAAUACCUGUGCAUCUCUGAUUCCCUCCUGAGCCUAUGGUUCUAUAUGUCUGGUGGUGUACAGAUCGUAGGCAGAGCCAAAGCAUAAGGAGACUGCCCACAGCCAAAUAGUAACUGCAAACAUAAUGGUAGAAAAAAAAAAAAAUGAUGUUUGUGAACUACAAUUUCCAGGAUGCUCAGCAGCUGACUAUCAAAGAAAUGUUAGUUCACAAAUAUUCUGCAGAUUUUUUUUAAAACUAAUAUUCCAGUGAUAGCUGGUUAAGCAAUGGGAAUUGAUGUUCACAAAGAUGACAAUUCUUUUUUUUUUUUGGGAGAUGUUCAUAUACUUUGAUUUCCAGCAUGCACAUUGAUUCCUAAAGGAAAAAUCUAGUCACACAAAAUAAUAUAUUAUAUAUUUAUUUUAUGUGUCCUAGUCUAACUUUGACCUUUUAAAAUAACAUUUUUCAUACCAUUAUUACAUCAUGCUUGCUCACUUAUAUUUUCUAUGUGAUUCUUUACCUACCAACAAUCAUACACAUGAAAGGUGGGUGCAAUGGUGGGUAGACCAGGAGGAAGUGGGCUGGUUGAAAAGGAUGGCUGGCUGACUGUCAUUGUGUCUGGCAAGCCCAACUCAGGACAGCCCAUGCUCAGAGCACUGCAAGACUUAAUCGAAAGCAUGUAGAGUGAGUGUAUCCAAAGAAGUGCUCAUGCAGCUUUGAUUGGGGACAAGUCCAAAAAACCCAGGACAGAAUGUAUAAGCCAAAUACCCCGAGGGUUGCCAGGUGGCUCAGUCAGUGGAGGCUGGUCCAUAGAGGCAGGUUGGUGCCCUCCACCCCAGUUUUUGUUGCAAAAAAAAGACAAAUCUAAUCUAUUGGCACUGUACCGACUAAUGACUAAUGUCAUGUUUGUGUUUUCAUUUGACCGGUAUCAGGAAAUGAUUGUCUGUCUUGGGAAACACGUUCUAAAUAAAUAGUGGAGGUGCGGAAUGACAAGUUGAUAAACUAGAAUGAGUCAUAAUAGCUGUAUUGAGGAAGAAGUUUAGAGGGCAUUUAUUUGCAGGAAAGGCUGACACCUCGAAUUAAGAUCUGUCCUUUCAGAUAGCCCCCUGUGUUAUCUGUCAUUUCAGAUAGCCCCCUGUGUUAUCUGUCCUUUCUGAUAGCCCCCUGUGUUAUCUGUCCUUUCUGAUAGCCCCCCUGUGUUAUCUGUCCUUUCUGGUAGCCCCCUGUCUUAUCUGUCCUUUCAGAUAGCCUGUCUUACAUAGAAACAUAGAAUGUGACGGCAGAUAAGAACCAUUCGGUACAUCUAGUCUGCCCAAUUUUCUAAAUCCUUUCAUUAGUCCCUGGCCUUAUCUUAUAGUUAGGAUAGCCUUAUGCCUAUCCCACACAUGCUUAAACUCCUUUACUGUGUUAACCUCUACAACUUCAGCUGGAAGGCUAUUCCAUGCAUACACUACUCUCUCAGUAAAGUAAUACUUAUCUGUCCUUUCAGAUAGCCCCCCUGUGUUAUCUGUCCUUUCAGAUAGCCCCUCCCCCCCGUGUUAUCUGUCCUUUCAGAUAGCCCCGUCUUAUCUUUCCUUUAAGAUCUGUCCUUUCAGAUAGCCUCCCCCCCCACCCCGUGUUAUCUGUCCUUUAAGAUCUGUCCUUUCAGAUAGCCCCCAGUGUUAGCUAUCCUUUCAGAUAGCCCCCUGUGUUAGCUAUGCUUUCAGAUAGCACCCUGUGCUUAUUAUCCGCCAUUAGGAACUUGAACAUAAAUCAGGAAAAUUAGUGCUUUUUAAGUCUUUGCCAUAGCAAUCAUAACUUAAGGAUCAGGGCCAGAUUAAGAGCCCAUUGGGCCUGGUGCUGACAAUUAUGAUGGGCCUAAUUAUAGAAUCGUAUCGACAGAAAACACUAAAACAGUCAUACCUCCCAAUUGUCAUGUAUCUGGUGGAGAUGGUGCUGGAAGCAAACUCACAGGAUAUCGCUUUAAGAAAACACAUGCCCUAUGCUAAUGUCUUGCAUUCAUCUUUCAAGUAAAUCCAUACCCCCUAACAGCAGUAUAUGGUGAAGCAUGAUUUCGUGGGCGGGGUAAAAGGGUGUUCCACUGACACGAAUCCCAUAACCAAAACUGCCCAAAGGGGCAAACAUGCCCCAAAAAAUCUGCCCGAGGAAUUAGGAUGUAAGGCUGCCUGCCAAUCAUGCAGGCUGGCCAACAAAGGGCAUACUAUGCACCCUGAGCUUGGCAUAAAUUAAUCUAAUGAUGCACUUGCUCCAUGCUUUGUAAGGACUCUCUUCUAGCACUCACUUGUCCACUCCUCUCCUUACCUGUACUAGCAGACAGAAGCUCCUUUUACACAGUCGGGGACAGAAAAAAAUGUGUAUGUUGUGAAUUUUGAAGAAAGGGAACAUGCCACAGAGUUAGACUGAAUUAGCAAGAGCAUUUGCAUAUUACGCAAAGUCAGCUUUACCUUAACUGAUUUCAUUGUCAGCCAGUCCACACUUUUUUGUUUCCCUAAAUCCACAUGUGAAGAUUUUUUUUUGCAAUGGGCCUAUUUCAUGGGCAUGGGCCUGGAGCUGCAGCUCCAUCAGCCCCUAUGUUAAUUCGGCCCUGUUAAGGAUAUAUAUAUAUAGGGCAUUUAAACGAACAUUUCAGGCAGCAAAGUUCAAUAAUACAUCUAGAACAACAUACAAAAAUAAUUUCACUGAAAUUCCAACCCAGUGAAUAGAUAUACUGAGACAAAGUAGGGACCUUUUUGUCUGUGUUUUUCCUCUGAUUGGCAAAGCUUGACAAUGGGAAGAUCUAACAAAGUCAAGCCUUGUCAUUUUCCCCAGUGUCUCCUGGGAUCACCCAUAGACCUCAGUGCUGCACUCUUGCACAUGCAUGAGAAUACAGCAGUGACCAGGGCCGCCAUCAGGGGGUGACAACCAUAACAACCACCCGGGCCCCACAUGGAGCGGCGAAACUGCGGCAGAUGCAUCUGCACCGGGGCCCUUCAGGUGGCCCAAGCAUUUAGGGCCACCCGAUGGGCCCUAUAUCUUCAGGGGCCCGGUCAGUGCUGCUAGCAUGUAAUUGCGUGACCAGGCCCCUUUAAAAAUAAAAUUUGCGGCUACACCACAAUUGCUGCUUGCUGCAGCUUACUGCGCGUGGGAGGAGAGCGGAGGGAGAGCAGAGCAGAGAAGAGGAAAAAGGAGAGGCAUCCACUCGCUCCCAUCAUCCCCAGCCACCCUCCUGCAACUUAAAGGUAAGAGGAGGGUGGCUGAUAAAUGAGGUGUGGGUGUGUAUAUGUUUGUAUGUCUGUGUAUAUGUCAGUAUGUAUGUAUGUAUGUAUGUGUGUAUGUAUGUCUGUGUACGUCAGUAUGUAUGUCUGCAUGUGUGUAUGUCAGUAUGUAUGUCUGUGUCUGUCUGUAUGUGUGUGUAUGUCAGUAUGUAUGUCUGUGUGUAUAUGUAUGUCUGUGUGUGUGUAUGUCAGUAUGUAUGUGUGUGUGUGUGUAUGUCUGUGUGUGUAUGUCUAUGUGUGUGUAUGUCAGUAUGUAUGUCUGUGUCUGUAUGUAUGUGUGUGUGUGUGUAUGUCAGUAUGUAUGUGUGUGUGUAUAUGUAUGUCUGUGUGUGUAUGUAUGUCUGUGUGUGUAUGUCUGUGUGUGUGUAUGUCAGUAUGUAUGUCUGUGUGUGUGUAUAUGUAUGUCUGUGUGUGUAUGUCUGUCUGUGUAUGUAUGUCUGUGUGUGUGUGUAUGUCUGUCUGUGUAUGUAUGUCUGUGUGUGUGUGUAUGUCAGUAUGUCUGUAUGUCAGUAUGUAUGUCUGUAUGUGUAUGUAUGUCUGUGUGUAUGUGUGUAUGUCUAUGUGUAUAUAUGUGUGUAUGUCAGUAUGUAUCUGUGUGUUUGUGUGUAUGUCAGUAUGUAUGUCUGUGUGUGCAUGUCUGUGUGUGUGUGUAUGUCUGUGUGUAUGUCAGUAUGCAUGUAUAUCAGUGUGUGUAUGUCUGUAUGUAUGUUUGUAUAUAUGUCUGUGUGUGUACGUCAGUAUGUAUGUCUGCAUGUGUGUAUGUCAGUAUGUGUGUGUGUCAGUAUGUAUGUCUGUGUGUAUGUCAGUAUGUAUGUGUGUGUAUGUCAGUGUGUAUGUCUGUGUGUGUGUAUGUCAGUAUGUAUGUCUGUGUCUGUAUGUAUGUGUGUGUAUGUCAGUAUGUAUGUGUGUGUGUAUGUAUGUCUGUAUGUCUGUGUAUGUCUAUGUGUGUAUGUAUGUAUGUGUGUAUGUCUAUGUGUAUAUAUGUGUGUAUGUAUGUGUGUAUGUCAGUAUGUAUCUGUGUGUUUGUGUGUAUGUCAGUAUGUAUGUCUGUGUGUGCAUGUCUGUGUGUGUGUGUGUAUGUCUGUGUAUUUGUCAGUGUGUAUGCAUGUAUAUCAGUGUGUGUAUGUAUGUCUGUAUGUAUGUAUAUAUGUCUGUGUGUGUAUGUCAGUAUGUAUGUUUGUAUGUAUGUCAGUAUGUAUGACUGUGUAUGUGUGUAUGCAUGUAUGUCAGUAUGUCUGUGUGUAUGUGUCUAUCUGUGUGUGUGUGUGUAUUUAAAUAUGUAUAUAUGUAUGUAUGUCUUUGUAUGUAUGUAUGUGUAUAUGUCUGCAAGUAUGUAUGUAUGUCUGUGUGUGUGUAUGUCAGUAUGUAUGUCUGUGUGUGUCAGUAUGUAUGUCUGUGUGUCUGUAUGUAUGUGUCUAUCUGUAUGUGUGUGUGUUUGUCAGUAUGUCUGUAUGUAUGUCUGUGUGUGUGUGUGUAUGUAUGUAUAUAUUUGUCAGUAUGCAUGUAUGUCUCUGUGUGUGUAUAUGUCAGUAUGUCUGUAUGUAUCUGUGUAUGUAUAUAUCUAUCUGUGUGUGUGUGUAUGUCUGUAUGUACAGAUAUCAGUAUGUAUGUGUAUGUAUGCCAUUAUGUAUUUAUGUGUAUGUCAGUUUGUAUGUAUGUCUGUUUGUAUGUAUGUCUGUUUGUCAGUAUGUAUGUCUGUUUGUAUGUAUGUGUGUGUCAGUAUGUGAGUAUGUAUGUACGUCAGUGUCUGUAUAUCAGUGUGUGUGUUUGUAUCUGUAUCUGUAUGUGUCUAUAUGUGUGUAUGUCUGUUUCAGUAUUUGUGUCUGUUAGAAUGUGUGUAUCUUUCUGUGUCUGUGUCCUUUUGUGUCUGUGUGUGUGUAUUCCUGUGGGCGGGAUUUGGAGGCGGGCACACGGGGGCCCAGACCUUGAGCUGUGUUAGGGGCCCCACAAUUUCUGAUGGCAUCCCUUGCAGUGACGUCCGCUCCUGGUGGUUAAAGUGCCAGGAACGGAAGAUGAGCAGAUGGUGAAUGAUCGCGGUGCCUGCAAGAGACAAUUUCAGUUAUGUAAAACUCACCUUUGUCUGUCCCCCCAGCCACAGGACCCCCAGAGACGAUGUUACCAUUGGGGGUCUUUGCAAAUUAUGCAAAAUUCCCAGAUGGUGACAAAUCAUGAAAACAUAAAAAAGUUCAGUCAUAAAUCAGUUAAUGAGAGUUUAUAAAUAAGUGGUUUGUGAAUUAACAAAUGUAUAUUGUGUUCUCUUUCACAAUCCAAUAUGUUAAAAGUACCUAAUUCUUGGAACACCCAUGUAUAUAAUACCACCACAAAGUAAUUUAUCUGAUCACAUAACGAGCCGAUUACAGAACCAGGAUCUUAACAAAUCACGCAGGUUGGCUCAUAUUCAGAAAGCAGACAUCAUAUUGAAAAUGUAUCAUAAUACCUUAAGGCUUUUGUCCAAGUUCUGAACCAAAAACGAAACCAAGAAUUUGAGGUAUAUGUUUGUUUGUUCAUAAUUUACUUCCUCAUGACUUCCUUCACUUGGUAUUUUUCCAGCAGGGACUUUUUACUUACUGGUAACAGGGGAACCCCAGAUAUCGUUCAAUGCCCUGUGUUCCCAUCUCUCAGCUGGUACCAGAUUUGGUGGCCCCAUGCUGGACAAAGAGCUGUAUGUUCACAUCAAGAAGACCCAGGUAAAAAGUCUGUCAGCUGGUGAACUGUAUGCAGCACCUAAAGUGAUUUUCUGGGCCUAUGUUGCUUUUGGGACAGCAUGGCACCAUUGGAAAGAAAAUGGCAUACCAUUUUCAGGAGAUCCAGAGAAUAGAGCAGUUGGCAGAGCAAGACAAUAAAUCAGUACAGGCAGUUGACAACUUGUAAUCAGCACAUAACAAGGUCAGGAAUCCAGAAUAACUAGUAAAUCAAAUCACAUGCAGACUUUUUGACUUAACAGUUUAACUCAUUUGGUAAACCUUGAAACAAUCUCAAACACCUAGGUCUUCACAAUAAACAGUAUUCUCACGCAGGGGACGAGGUGUAAACAGUACAUACGUACGUUAUAGAAAAACAGAUAUAGUUUGGUUUUGUUUCUAACUUUUUUUGUUUUUUUUGUUUCUGUUAUCACUUUUUUUAUAUUAAAUACUUCUUUAUCAUGCAGAUAGUUUAAGGGUGAUGUCAUAAAUUUAAGCUUAACAUAAGUGCGGAAGCAAAAGUGAUAUGCGGAAUUUUAGGUCUAGGUAUGUGUCAAAUAGGAGCAUUCACGUUCACAGAGAUUGCGUCAUUACUAUAGUUGGCAUAAUGGCCAAAACACAGCCCUAUAAAAAAUAAACUAGGUCUUCUGAUGUAUUGUAAUUACUGUGCCAUCGGAGCCUUAUUGCAAGCAAAUAAAAGACACAGCUAAAUUAAACAUGGGUACUACAUUGGACUCUAUAACAUAAUCAUAUUGUGCUACUAGGUCUUAGCUGAUUAGACUACCGCCAGUGGCAUGUCGGUGGAACUGUGUCUGUUGCCCAGCAGCAAUGUAAAGUAAGAAAGGCAAAGCAUAAAUACAUUACAAACUAGCAUUGAUCAUGUAAGGCACUGCAUCUGGCUCAACGUAGGUUGGCAGAGUGGAUAACCAUGGAACUUCAGGCUUGCAUAUAAAGUCAGCGGGGAUGAUGGUGUUUCUACGGUGUCCCAGAGUGCCAGGCCCUCAAGCUUUCCCCCAGGUCCGCGUAAGCCUCCCACUGCAAGCACCAUAGUCCAGUGGGCACUUGGGGGCAACCUGAGUGCAUGCAGCCUCAUCCCUCAAGAGUCCGCAGUCCCAGUGCCUCCUGCACCUCCCCUGGAUCUCUGGUACUUCAGUAUGUUCACUUGGUACUCUUGCGUAUCUCUCCCAUCGUCGGCCACUUAUUCAGGAAUGAGGAUGUGUGGCCUCACAGCUACCGGUCCGCCGGAGGCAAGCAAUGUCCGAUCCCGCUGGGCUGUCAGCUGUGGGGACAAUUCCCCUUUCGGGCUCCCUCCAAACCUAGAGGUCGAGUGACCAUGUUUGCGGCAUGUUGGUUGCCAGGCUUGUGGUGGCGUGUAGGCCAGCGGUAUCGGCAUCAGUGCUCCCGAUAUGCAAGUGGCUGGUAUCAAAUUGGAGCUGGGGUUAUUCUCCAAACUGUUUUGGCAGUUUUGGAGCUGUCUGUGUGUGAUUAUAGUGCCGUUUUCAGGAGCUCAGGCCCGGAGCCAUGAUAUUCUGCUUCCAGUCAACUCGGCGGCCCAGCCCCGCCCCCCGCAAUCUGGGUUUGGUAUAGGUCAGUGUUUUUGUACCAGUUUUGGGGUAAACGAGAUAUGGUUGUACACACUUGACAGCCAAAUCUACUCCCCCAUGUAUUUUCUGUACUCAACAAUGCACUCUGUGUUUUCUACUUGUGCAUCACUUCUAAUAUACACUGGCACUGCAAUUUUAUUGUGUAUUGUGGACAGCAUGUACACGUAUUCUCUGCUUCUUCAUUGUUGUUGCUGUGCCUCUUUGUCAUAUGUCAGCUCAGGAAAGCAUUGAGUCCCCCCCAUUGGCUGACAUUGAAGGAGUAGCCAGGCCUAGUGCCAGUUUUGUAUUCCUAACACCAUAUAACAAACAUUAUAGGGUUAGGAACGCAAAAUGUACACACCCUAUAAAGUUAAAACCACCAACUAACCUCUCUAAAUAUAACAAGUCUGCUGCUUCUGGCUAAGCCCCUGAUCUACACAAAACAAAAGUAGCUCAGCGCUAAUUAACAGACAAUAUGUACUAGGGCAGCAACCCUAACAAAGGGAACCCCUCAAACCCUUCAACAAAUCGAGAAAGCAAUACACAAAAGAUGGGGUAGGGCUGCGCCAAUAAAAAUGAAAUAAUCCCAAAAAUAAAGUCUCACACGCGCAGCAAUAGAAGAUCAGGGAUUCUUGAUAGAAUGUAGAUAAAUUAACUCUUCAGUAGAAAUAGGUGUGUCAGAAUAUCUUAAGAUGUUCGUUUAUAUUUGGAGACAAAAGGAGAGACAAAGGCAACCAAUAGUGCAAUAAGUCUAAAGUUCAAGAUAAAAUGUGAUAGGAAGAGGUAGAAUGCUCACAUUUAAAAGAGCUAUGACCAUCUCUGGUGUAAAGGGCGUACAGCGGUAUAAUCCUAGCUUAUGGGAUGUGUAGAGAGAAUGAGUCUGUCAGCACCGUCUGGCUUUCCAAGGCUCCAAAAAGGGAUAAAAAAAAGUCAACAAUAGUGCUCUCAAUUAUGAUAAAAUUGUAUAAACGUAGAUACAAUUAUACUCACAAUUAUAGAGCAGUAGCACUGCUCUAUUGAUAUAGUGUUGAUGGUAUGAUCCCCACCUGGGAUUUCUUUAAGUACAGGAACAGUAAAAUGCCAGGAAAGAUAAAAAAAAUGUAUAUAAAAUACAAUAAAAAGAGGAUUGGCACAGCAAAGUAACCAAAAUACUUUUAUUAAUCUAAAAUACACACACAAAAAAAAACAACAAUUGUGCUUUUCACCAUAUGUGGGUUCUUCAAAUGGGAUAAAAAUAAUAACCUGGGAAAGGGUGUUUUAUAGAGGGGUCUGAUGAUUUAAAAUUGGUGCCAAAACUGUAUUUAGCCAAUCAGGAAUAGACAUAUAACAUACACACUAAAAUGUACAAAAAAUAAAUAUAGAUAAAAAAUAUGGGAUAGCGGAUACUAAGGAUGUAAGCAUCUUUAAAAACGGAUGUAAGAAGCAGCUGGAGUUAUUUAUUUUUCAAAAACUGAAACAAAAAAGUCAGUGGGCAGUUGAUGACCCCAGCUAUUCCACCAUGAGAAGGACAAAAGACAAAGGUAAAAGGCUUUUUUAAAACUCAGUCAGGCAGGGCACUACAGUGAACGGCAUUUGAGAUAAAAAGGCAGAGCCGCAACUGCAGGAGUAAUUUCAUUUGACAUUUUGAUUCACUGCUAUAUUUUAGAAUCCAUUAGGAAAUUUGAAGGGAGAUGUGAGUGGACAAUCAAAUCUCAUCUAGCAGAUGAUGUAUGAACCCAACUUGGGGGUAUUAACCUUGAGAAAGGCUAUUUGCUCCAUUAGUUUGUGGGUACACUUGUGAGUAUUGUUGAUUCAAGAUGUUCCCUGUAACAGAACACUCACUCGCCUUGAACCGUGCCAAAUGGAGUGUUCCUUGAAUUACUAUUUGUUGCUGCUAUAAAAAAUGUUAAGAAUUGUAUAAUAUUUAAAGAGGUGUAUAUUUUUAAACAUACAGUAUCUCACAAAAGCGAGUACACCACUCACAUUUUUGUCAAUAUUUUAUUAUAUAUUUUCAUGUGACAACACUGAAGAAAUGGCACUCUGCUACAAUGUAAAGUAGUAGGUGUACAGCCUGUAUAACAGUGUAAAUUUGCUGUCCCCUCAAAGUAACUCAACACACAGCCAUUAAUGUCUAAACCGUUGGCAACAAAAGUGAGUACACUGAGUAAAAUGACAUUAGUUUCAGAUUACUUUCUGACACACAGCUGCAUCCUCUCUGUUUUACUCGCAAAGGAGCAGUGGUUUUAAUAUUGUGCAAAAUAGUACAUUUAAGUUCAUUAAACCGUAUAGUGCCAAAACAUGUGUACACGUAGAGUGAUUCUUUGGCAACACUUCUUUUUCUGAUUUGUUCUACCUUCUCAAUCUGAUUUGGAAAGCCCCAAACUUUUUGUUUUGUUAUUUCGCAACUGCAGUUGUGUAUACAGAAAUAUACAGAUUUAAAUGAAAGUGCUGAACGUGUCAGUGAAAGUAUAAAGACAAAGCCUAAGAAAAUGAGGGGGAAAAAACUAAAAAAAAAGUAAAAUAAAAUACUUUCAAGAAAACAGCUGAAUUCCGUCUAAGUCUAUGCCUCUGGAUGUCUGGUAUAGAGUCCCCAGACCAGCUACAAGUGCUCAAGGAACUACAAGAGACAUUAUAGUUCGCUUUCAACAAAGCCAGGAUUGCUUGGCCUUCAUGGUGGCUGUGUGCAACAGGUCUCCAUUUUACUUUGACUAAAAAGUUAAUGGAGGGUGAGCUUGUGAUUGAUCCUCAUCUGCUCAAAACCACUCACUCUGUACAGUACAUGUUGGCUGGAAAUAGCAGGAGCCAAGGAAGGUGUCAAUGGCGCUGGUGAGACCAGAGGAGGUGAGAUUGGUAUUUGCAUCGUACGUAGAAGGUUUUUAAUGGUUCUUUCAGGACUGAUAAAAGCAGCAAAGCAAGUUUUCCCGCAGCCCCAAAAUAGGUUUUAAAUGCCGUGGUCCCUUAGUUUAUUAACAUGUGAAAACUCACUUGUGUUCUGUGUGGUUUUAGUACAGAAAACUUUAGGUCAUUCAACUGUAAUGGAGCAACUCUUCAAAGUAAUAGCUCAUAGGGUUCUUGAUUGGGCCACCUUAGUAUCCCCCCUCCCGAGCCCCCACCCAUGCCUCGCGAGUGGGGGGCUAUUAAACUGAAGGGGGGACCUAUUGCCCCCCCCAGGCCCCACCCAUGAGCGGCGGGUGGGGGCCCUAAAUAAAAAUGGGUUGGGGGAACCUAUUGUCCUCCCCACCAGCCCCCACCCAUGAGUGUCAGGUGGGGGCACGAAAUUACAAUAGGGGGUGACCUAUUGUACUCUCCCAGCCCCACCCAUGAGCCGCGGGUGGGGGCCCUAAAUGAAAAUGUGGGGGGUCCUAUUAUCACCCCUUUGGCCUCCGUCCCUGAGCGGCGGGUGGGUGCCCUAAAUAACAAUAAGGGGGGGAACCUAUUGUCCUCCCCCAUGGCCCCCACCCCUGAGAGGCUUGUGGGGGCCCUAAAUGAAAAUGGGGGAACCUAUUGUCCUUCUCCCCGGCCACCACCCAUGAGUGGUGGGUGGAGGCCCUAUAUUACAAUAUGAGGGAGGACGCCUAUUGUCCUGUCCCACCCAUGGGCGACGGGUGGAGGCUAAGUGUACAAAUACACCCCCCCCUCCCCCGGUGACUAUGGGAUCCCAAACCCCUAGUCACCCCCUACCCAAAUAAAAUUAAAUCAAUACCUACCUAACCCCUUCACCCUAAAAAUAAUGAGAGGGGAGACAAUAAAACAAAAUACUUGGGGAAAAAAGACUCAGACUUAAAAGUCUUCUUUUCCUAAAACCUUCUUUUUCCUCAGCCCCAAAAAAGACUAAAAAAAACCCAUGAUAUCCAAAGAACUUUCCCAUGCUGUGUAAAAUGACUAGUACUCUGAUUGGUUGGAUUCCAAACCAACCAAUCAGAGUGCUCUGAGUCAAAUUGCAAGGCAUGGGAAGGCUUUAAUUUUUAGUGACUGUUUUUUUUUUCCGGUGGAUUUCUUUUUUUUGUGCUUGGGUUUAUUUUUUAUUUGAUAAGCUCGUUGGGUAUUAUGUUUUUUUUAUUUGGCCUUUUUUGGGACUGAAGAAAGAAGAUUUUAGAAAAAAGAAGACUUAUAAUGAUUUUUUUUAUUUGGGUGGGCGGGUGACUAGGGGCUUGGGGUCCCCUAGUCACCAGGGGCGGGGUAGUUGUACACAUUUGUUCAUGGGUGGGGGCAAUAUAAUUUAGGGCAUUAUGGGCAUUAUGAUAUCUAUUCCAAAAUCGGUAUCUUGGUUCCAAUAUUCUGCCAAGCUGAAUUUCACCUUGACUACAGAGUACAGAGUGCUCUGUGUUUUAUAAGCUAGUGUUUUAUCUGCUGAUGUCAGUACUGAAUCUCAGAGAAUCUCCCUGAGGGAGAUUUGUUUCCAGCUUCCGUUAACAUAUAUUUAUUGGGGGUGUAUAUAAACUAAUCAGUGAUUUUGGAAAACUUUUUUUCAGCAUUGGAGUGUUCCUUUAAAGAGGAACUAUUUCAUAUGUUUUGUUUUUGUUCAGAAGUUGGGAAAUUAGCUCAGUUUUAAGAGAUUACAAUCUACAAUAAAAAGUCUUACUUAAAUGUUUAGCUUUCAGUUUCUGCUAACAGCUGAUCUUCCUCAUCGUUAUCAAUAUUUGGGGGCUUGCAACAUAAGGUAUUGCUCCUCUUAUCUCUACAAGAGAUUUCUACCCAUAAACCACCCACAUUUUAGUUUCCUCACUGCCUGACUGUCUCUGGUGCUAAAGCAGUUAAUUAUAUAAAUUUUAGAGAAUAUUUGAUCCCCUAUGUAUAUGGUUAGACCCGUGUGUCCUUACCAGUCAGACCUGCUUUAUGACUGCAGAAUUUAAUAUGGUGCAUUUGUUAAUUUAUGUUCAAUCUGAACCAAUACUUUAAAACAUUAAUUUGACCAUUGCUCUAAUUAUUUUAUCAAAAUGUAUUCAGUUCUCUUAAAGCAGAAAGUUAUUGUUUUAAGGGUCUCCUGAGCCAUAGCCCUUCCUUUGGUUUAACAGCUUUAGCUUAAUGAAGCAGUUUAUGUGUAUAGUUAAUGCCUCUGCAGUCUUACUACCUAGUUUAUCCUAGUUUACUUAGUAGUGAAAACAUGUCUGAUUAUGUUCAUGCAGCCCAAUCAAUUCCCUUGGCUGUGACUCACACAGUCUGCACGAACACAAAAUAGUUUCAUUUUCAAUCUGAUGUUAACUCACUUUAGAAGUUUUUAACUCCUGCUGUGUUAAUUAAACUUUAAUCACACACAGGAGGGUCCUGCAAGGUCUAGCAAGCUAUUAACAGUGCAAAUGAUAAGAAAUUCUAAAUUAAACAGACUGUGCAAGAAAGGAAAUAUAAACAUUAAAUCUCACUUCACAGGAAAUGUUUAGGAAGGCUGUACAAGUCAUAUGCAGGGAGGUGUGAUAAGGGUGUAUAAACAAAGUGAUUUAACUCCUAAAUUGCAUAGAAUUGAGAAGUGAGACUGCAGGGGCAUGAUCUAUACACCAAAACCGCUUUAUUAGGUUAAAGUUGUUUUGGUGACCAAAGUAUCCCUUUAAACAAACCUAUUAAUUGUGAAGCCACUGUGUAACCAUGUGCUGUCCCAAUAGAAUACAUAAUACAUUAAAGGAGUGAUAGAGGGAAUAUAGCUAUAUAUAAGAAUACAAGGCCAUCUUUUGAUUAUAGCUUUAAAGAGCUUAGAACAGAAGCAUGCGCUGCUUAUGACAGUAAAUUAUUUUGAAACCCUAAAAUGUCUUCUGUCAGAACGUUAAGUAUUAAUGAUACAAACUCUUUGCUUAAUCCACAGGUGGAAAAACAGUGCUUGGAGUUUUACAAUCAUGUUAACACUAAGAAGGCCUCCUCUCCUGCUGUGCAGGUAGAGCUGUAUUAUGAAAGCCUUUGUGGGGGCUGUCGCAAUUUUAUAAUUACUCAACUCUAUCCCACGUGGCUGAUGCUAGGUGACAUCAUGAACAUUACACUGGUGCCUUAUGGGAAUGCAAUGGUAAGACCCAAUUACACAUAAUGUACUUUUUAUUUUAUGUAUAAGUAUCAAAAUCAUGUUCGGUUUGUUUUUGUUAUUACCUUAAAAAUAGUUUGUAGCAAACACUUUUAUACCAACCCCUUCUAAAUAAAGCAAAUGGUCACACAGGCUAUAAAUAUUUUAUGAGGAGGUGCAUAUUACAGUAAGAUUAAGGUGUAUAAUAAUAUGGUGAUUUUAUAAAAUGUAGAGGGUUAAUCUAAGAGAACAUGGCUUAUUUAUAAAGCAAGUUUGAUACAAAGUUUUAUAAGCCGUAUGUUCGUUUUCAUUGUGUUUGAUCCAUUUUGUAGCACAAUGCCAGAACCAAUGAGAGUAUGACUUCUAGGAUUGUUACUCUGGCUUGUUUAAGAUUGAACUCUGGGAUAUGCCCCAUUGUCAUGUGUCUCCUAAAAUACUAUCAUUAUUUAUAGAGAGUUUAAUGACAUAACAGGAAUUUUAUAUCCGAAUGCAAAUUUGAACACUUGUUUGUCUUGCAUUUUGCAUCUGUUUUUGUUAGUGAAUAGACACUUUGAAAAGUGGAGUAUGAUCAUUUUUCUAUCUUUUCUAUUUUGCUUCUAAUCAGGUUUUUGAUUCACCAACGUAAAGUUUGUUUCUACGACUGUGCUGUACAAAUCAGCCUAUAUUUUUUAUAGCCCACUGGCACUUUAGAGGUAGUUAACCAAAAAAGUAUUACAAUUGUUUAAAUAUUGAAAUAGAAGUAGUAAAGUGUAUCAAACAGUGGGAUGUGUAAAUCUAUAUAUUAUAGUAUGGAAAAAUGUUAUAAUCAUAUAGCAAAGAAGUAGUUGUCAAAAUAAAAGUGGUUUGUCAUUUUACCAUAUUGGUCAAACGAAUGUCUUAGCUCAAUGAAGAGUUUCUGGAGCCCCCGGUAAGAAGUGAAGCAUUACUAAAUGGUUUGGCUUCUUACAUUGGUUGGAUACUAGGGCACUCCCAGCACCAAAACCACUACAGAGUUCUGUGUGUUCUAUAAAGAUUAGUGCCAACAUCAUACUAUAGACUAGUUUUUUUUCCCAAUAUGUAAUAUCUAAAUGUGUAUGUUUAAUCCACAGGAGAAAAAUGACAGUGGAAAAUGGGAAUUUCAGUGUCAACACGGACCAGACGAAUGUUUGGGAAACAUGAUCGAGGUUUGAUAUUUUUAACUCUGCAUUGAGAACCCAUUAUAGAAAUUGUUAUAUUAUAUUAUGAGAACGGCCCAUAUGACUUCAUAGAUAGGCCUACGGUAAACAGAUAUAAAGACAAUUUCUACUUUUUCCCCCCCAAUAAUAUUUUGUAAUACUUCCAGUUACACACUUUAGUGAAUAACAUUAGUUAUUGUGUGCCUUGUGAAGUAUGCUCCAGUGUUGUCCCUGCAGCGUGCUGAGGUUACCUGCAUUUUAGUUAUUAAUUAAAAGAACAGGGAAGAUUCAGUGUCUUUGCAGUUUUCAAAUACUACCAGUGUUGGUUGCCCAUAGACAUCAAUUACUUGAUCUUACAUGAACCCGCACACAAUGGCAGAAAAUGGCUGCUGACUUUGCUGAAUAUGAAAUGGUUAUCACUUUCACAGUUGUGUUUUGCCCUCCACCUUGUCUGUUCAACAGCUUCUCUUGGUGACCUCUCUUUUUGUCUUUGUGACAGACCCAUGCUGGAACAAAGAAAAACAGCCAUCUUUUUUUUUUAUUACUAUCAAGAAAUUAAAGAUUACAUGCCUCUUUGCAUAUUGUUUUGUAAUGCAUAAAUACAAGUAAAUACCUUUUUUUGGUAUAUUUUAAGAUUAUCUUAGCUCUGUGGGGGAUGACAAUUUGAAGUCCUGCUUGGUCAAAAGCACAGUUUAUCUGAUAAAAAGAAAACCACACAGUCAAUUAAGACCUAGAGUGCAUCUCAAAAUGUACUCUGGGAUUAUUUAAGACCUCCAAACUGUCCAUGAUCUUCACAGAUACUUGGUUCAUAUGAUCAAAUAGAGGUAAAGUUGGUCUCCUUCAAAUAGCAUGGAUAAACCAGAGGAUGAACUAAAAACGUAUUAAAUUAUGUGUAUUCAUUGCACAAUAAUAAACAAGGAGGGUAUAUUACAAGUGAUCUUUAAUUUUCAGUAAUAAGAAAAAAAAAUGGAAUUUUCCUUUAACUUUUGUUAGAAUUUAUAUAACAUUUACAUUCAUUUUAAUGUUGCAAUGCUGCCUAAUUUAGCUACAACUUUAGAUAUUCAGGGAAUUUCCCUAACUUUGACUUCCUGUUCAAUUGUGUAAGCUUUCCAAUUAACUUUAUGUAGAUUCUACUCUGAUACCUUACUGUGUUUUCUUAACAAAUGCUCAAUAAUGCUAUAUAUUCUACCUCAUUAUCUCAUCACUGUAUUGUUUGCUAGUUGUUUUAGUAACUUCAUCAGCUCAGACAUCCAUACCUCCCAAGUGUCCCUGUUUAGGAGGGACACUCCUUAUUUUGAGCCCUAGCGCUUUGUCCCUGUUUUCUAUCCUAAUGUUCCUCUUUUCUAAGAGCUCCAUAUUGUUGGUGUGUUUAAGGUCUUGGAAUUUUAGACUGUAAGCUUACUUAAUUGAUGGUCUUGGCUUCCUGUUUAACAUGAGAUCCCUAGAUGCUGACCUGUACGUGGUCUUAAGUUACUGUCAGCACAGGUAAACAAAGAUGUCGGCAUGCUAACACAAACAUUACAAACUUCGAACGGAGAUAAAAUUUAGAAGUUGUACUAUCUACUUGAUAAAGUUGAUAUAUUAUAUAUAUUAUUUAUGCAUACUUAAAUGAUAUCUAAUCUCUGUGUAUCUCCACACAGGCCUGCCUCAUGUAUUUUCUGAAAAACGUGGAUGAUUAUUUUACAGUUAUAUUCUGUAUGGAAUAUUCAGGGAACGUCAGCAUGAUUUUCGAAACAGUAAGUUAACCUCUACAAUUGUUUACAGCCUAUUUUAUGUUUCACACUAAAAACCAGAUACAUUUUGCAAUUUGUGCUGUGUGUUUGUUCAACUGUAAAGUCCUUCUCAUUCACUGCACCUAAAAAUACAGUUACUAUAUUUUUCAUUAUUUUUUUUAUUUUUUUUAAGAACUGAGAAGGCUGAAACUGUGCCCUUAGUCAAACAGUAGAAAGAGGUAGAUCAGCCUUCUGUGCAGUUGAGAUGUUCCAUCCUGCAAAGGCUAGCCCAUGACCACAGUGCCCUUGUAAUACUAAUGUCUGUGUGUCAGGAUUAUAAUUGAUCCAGCACGCAGAAUAGUAUCACACCUUGGACUAAGGAUAACGUUUAACCAGACCUUAGAAUGGCCAAACUUAACGUACCCGAGAAUAGUCAAAAUACUUGUCGAGGUCAGGGACACAGAACGUGACACAACGAUGAGGACAGACAGAAGUCAAGAAUACUAGAAAUCAGGGAAGUCAAAACAAAGCCAAAGUCAAAUACCAGAAAAAACACGAUCAGGAACACACUCUCGGAUAACCAGCUAGUGGAAACCACAACUGACCAAAAGGUAGUUUGGGUUUAAAUAGCCCUCUUGAGGCUGUAAUUGGUUGGCCUCUGACCCCAAAACAUGCGUGCUCGUCUAUGACUUGACGUCGCACGCACGUUGGUGCCAUCUUUGAUGUGGGCGAAGGUGAGUUUCCUAUUAAAACUGGAACCGCAUCGCCCGGCGUCUCUAGGAACGUCAUACUCGCUGGGGACCGGAAUGGAAGGCGGUCGGGCAGUGGUUUUCCACGACCAAGGUAAGUAUACAAUAUCUCUGUCAGUAGUUUAAGUGUGGCCAUGCCGGCAGAAGAACGGAGAGCCAUGACAUUGUGUCUGUGUCUGGGUAAGCAUAUAGAAUUUAGAAUAAUGACAAAGCACCAGUUUUAUUAAAAUUCUGGACUGAAUGCAUCCGGCUGGGUGCACAUUUGCAAAUUAUCAUUAAUUGCCAUUAAUAUCCCAAUUAUCAUAUUUACUAAAGCCAAAUAUGGCCAGAAUUAAAAUUAUUGCUUUCAAAUCCAAAUCCUAUACAAAGUAUAGGAUUCAGAAUAUUUGCAAGGUAGUGGUUUUACAAAAAUUUAGGACCAAAUGCAUCCUAUAGGAUACACAUUCCCAAAUUAUCCUUAACUGUUAUUCAUAUUUCCAAAGCAAGUCUCGAAAGAAGUGAGACUUGCCUGUCAUAUUAGGCAGUUAUGCGUAGGUGGAAUCUGUAUAAAAAAUUAUAGAACCGAUAUAGCGUAAUACAGUUUUAAUUCAAUGAGUGGUAUUGAAUUAAAACUGUAUUACGCUAUGUCAGUUCUAUAAUUUUUUAUACCGAUUCCAUCUACCCAUAUCUGCCUAAUUUCAGGUUAUCUGUAUUUUUUAUAUAUAUAUAUAUAUAUAUUGUCACGGAUUGGGAGGUGUUUCCACUUUAUGUUUUUUGAUUGUAUAUGUUUUAGGUGUCAGUGAGGUACACCUGGGACUUCUCCCUAAUAUACGGUUUCUAUUACACUCUUUAUAGUGUGUAUACUUUCUCUUUUGUUUGCCUGUCAUAUUGCUUUGGUUGGUUAGCUUACAAGUCAACGAAUUAGAGUGCUCUAAUGGAAAUGCAAUGUGUGGGAAAGCCUCUUAAAGGGCUUUUCUUACUUAGAAGCCCCAUUCUGUGAGGAGACCUCGUGGGGGAGAACUGAUCUGUUUUGUUUUGUUUUGUGUGCGAUUUGUAUUUUUUUAUCCGUUUAGAAAAAGAAAAAAAAGAGAUUAUAGGAAGAGUUGCUUUGCUGUAUUAUACUUUCUUAUUCUUUUUGGCACUGGAGAUAAGAUUUACAAAAAAGAAGAUUUAAGACUAGUGGGUAUGGCUAGUUGAUUGGGGACCCUUAGACUCCAGGGGAGGGAAGCAUUCAAGACCUUUUUGUUCACAUUGUUUUCUUAUGCAAAUUAUUGGAUGGAAGGUAAUCAAGCUUGAUGACCACGAAUGAGAUGGAUUGGGCUGCUGCAAGGACUGAAUCUUGGUGCUGAAAAAAAAAGGAUUAUUUUGGGAUUUUACACAAACAUGUUUAAUUAAAAAAAACAAAAAAACGUUUCUCACUAUAGUGUUCCUUUAAGAUGUAUAGGUGCUUAGAAUGUCCCUUUAAAAUAUAAAAUAUUAUUAUACUUUAUUCAUUAUACUUAUUGUAUGAAUCCCCACUAGAUAAUACAAUGCAAUAUGACUAAGUUAGCCAAUAUAUAGAUACCUAACAUUAUUACGAGGGUUUUAAAAAUAAGUGACUGGAGAGUAUGUGCAGUAACUUCACCUUGUUUAUUUUAGACUCUUGUUCAAAUGUUUAAAAAAGUUUCUCCGCAUUUACAAUGUAUUUUACUUGAUAGGGGAGACUAUUGAUAGAUUGUAUGCAUAGCUCUUUCAACUAUAUGGCAUCUGUGCUACAUGCUUCUAAAUCCUUUUUCUAUUUCAAUUCCACAAAGUGUCUUACAGCUUUUAACCCAGCCCUAUCAUCCAAACAAGUGAGAGAAUGCGCAAGUGGUGACUUGGGAAUCAAGCUGAUGCACCAGAAUGCCCUGAAAACAGAGAGCCUAAAGCCUCCACACCAAUAUGUACCUUGGAUUGUCCUCAAUGGGGUGAGUGCCAUUUCCUGCUUAAUAAAGUUACCAUCUAGCUCAACUGGUUUAAAUGCGCCAUACAUUUUACUGUGUUCAAACUUCCAGAUUAUGCAAUAUUGAAAAAAAUCUAUAGUUUAAUAACAAAUAUCCUGUUAAUCUUUCAGUGAAAAAAUCUGUUCACAGUCUGGGAAGUUUGUCAAACUCACAAAGACCCCCAAUGGUGACGUAGGUACCCCUCGCUGGUGCCAUCCUUCUCUCUCUGCUUCUCUUAAACUCAUGGUGCUACAGUGCCAGGAGUACUUCUGUACUCUCGCGCAUGCGCUAGAAUUUAGCAUUGAUGCCUAUGGAGUAUCCCGCAAGACCGCAAGAUCUUCCAUAUACAUAGCCAAUUCUCUGCAGCCGGCACUAGUGAUGGCUGUCGGGGAUGACGCUUAGCCUCCGCCCUGAGUCUAUGAAAGUUAGGUGAAAUACAGAGACAAAGAAGUCCCUACUUUUUCUCUGUAUAUCUCUUGACUGGGUUGAAAUUUAAGUGAAAUUCCAACACAAUAAAAACUUUUCCGUGGGGGAUGACAAUGCCGAUUUAAUGACAGGUGUCAAUAUACGAAGUCCUUUGCUACUAGCAGGGCCAAAAACGUACUUGUCACUGCCAAAGUAUUGCCAAAAAAAGAGAUGCUUGAUAGGAAGUGAGUGGGGGAAGAAGUGAGGUAGGUAAAGUAGGAGGAGCAGCAAAAAAAAAUUUUAAAAUCUAGAUUUUAAUAAAUAUAUAAUAUAUAAAUAAAGAUUUUUUUUAACUCCUCCUCUUUAUCCUUCUAUUGGUUAUUUUCUCACCAGAUCUGUUAACCAAAUGGUGGGAAGCUGCUUGUAUCAGUGUACUGUAAAAUAUUAUAUUAUGUAUGUAUUUUGCAACACGUUGAUUGGCCUAUUAUUGCAUCUUUUUUUGGUUUGUUCUCCUGAUUUAUUUCCUGAACCGGUAUUCAGUCGAGCUGAACCAACUUCUGGUCGAAAUUCUAGUGCUCUAAAAAAUUUCCUAUCUUUAGAAAAAAAUAUUCAGCAGAAGAGUAAUUUCUCGUUAUGCACAAGUCUAGAAGAUACACUAAUGCAUAGUCAUAUGUUCCUCAAUCUUUGGCAUCCACCUGAAACCCUGUAUGAUAAUGCAAGGGUCUACCAAUAACACAUAUUUAAAAGACCACUAUAGUGCCAGGAAAACAUACUCGUUUUCCUGGCACUAUAGAGCCCUGAGGGUGCCCCCACCCUCAGGGUCCCCCUCCCGUCGGGCUCUGGGGAGAGGAAGGGGUUAAACACUUACCUUUUUCCAGCGCUGUGCGGGGAGCUUUCCUCCCCCUCUCCUUCUUCCUAGCGACAUCAUCGGCUGAAUGAGCAUGCGCGGCAGGAGCCGCAUGCGCAUUCAGCCAGUCUCAUAGGAAAGCAUUCAUAAUGCUUUCCUAUUGAUGCUGGCAUCUUCUCACUGUGAUUUUCACAGUGAGAAAGUGAGAAGCACGCAAGCGCCUCUAGCGGCUGUCAAUGAGACAGCCACUAGAGGCUUUAGAGGCUGGAUUAACCCUCAGUGUAAACAUAGCAGUUUCUCUGAAACUGCUAUGUUUAUAAAAAAAAGGGUUAAUCCUAUCUGGACCUGGCACCCAGAUCACUUCAUUAAGCUGAAGUGGUCUGGGUGCCUAUAGUGUUCCUUUAAGUUACAACAUUUAUGUGCAAACAAAUACCAAAAGUGCUACUGUGUAUAAAGUGUCAAUGUGCAUGAAUGUGCAAAAAAAAUCUAAAUUGUGCAUCUAUGCACACAAUCAGUGCUGCCAAGUAGACUGCAAUUCCUCCAGAUUCCAAUAAAAUGCAAACAACAAACAAAAAAUGUAUUUGGUGCAAUAUGUACAAAAUAUUAAUUUAUUACCACCUAAAACUUUGAUAAAAACCAAGGUAUAGUUAGUUACCUUACCAAAACUGGUAUGUAACCAAGGAACUUAGAGAUACAUGCUAUGUACUUAGAACUGGGUUAAAGAACACCACAACCAGUAUAACACCACAACCACUAUAGCUUGGCACCAUCCCAACCCCAUUAUAAGGAGUUUUAGAACAUUUUUUUAAUAUAUUUUUUUUUUACCUGGGGUCUGCAGGUCACCAAUCACCUUUCCACUACUAACCACAGAAAGCUGGAAGAUAAGUUCUGCAGUGCAGGGCUUAGCUAAUUGGCUGUGUGUAAUCAGCUGACAUUCUCAGCCAAUGAGCUAGCUCUGCAUUUCAGGAUUUAGUUCAGGAGAGCUAACGGAAGCUCUUGCUCAAGACUUGAGAUUCUCCUUCAAGGUGGAGACAGCUUGUGGCACCUGACAAAGUGAAACCAUUAAAAAAGAGUUUGACUCCUUACAAUGGGGAGGAGGCAGAGAGGUGAGCGCACUCCUAGCACCAUAACCACUACUUAAUCGCGCUCUAGUGGUUGUAGUGCUUUGAGGGUUCUUUUAACAAGGCAGUUGGCCAGUGCAUCAGUUCUUUUCAGCUAUAUUUGCUUAAAGUGGACCUUUCAGUCCACAUGUUGUGGAUAACAGAACUAAUAUGAGUUGAAAAUCAAUCACAAACAUUUAUUUGAUCCUUAAUCGGUUAAGCAUUAAUGUUCCACAUCUUGAAUUUAAUGACAAGAUUUAAUUAUUUUAUUUCUCUUAGGAACACACUGAUGAUAUUCAAAAUCAGGCUCAGAACGCACUAUUCAACCUUGUUUGUGAAACAUACACAGUAAGUAAAUGUCUCUGACACAUAUUUAAUAUACUAGUAAAUUAUUUAUUUUAUAGCUUUUGGCCUAUAUAAUUAGCUGAUUACUUGCAUGCUCAAUGGGGGGUGAGGGGUGGGUCGGGAUUAAGCAUUCUGCAUCUUAAGACUGCCUCCUCUGUCUAACUUCCAUCCUUUUUAAGUACUCCCUUGUGGCUGGUAACACAAGUUUAUACCAUCAGGAAGCACAGAUAAACUUUCCAUGAAUUGUAGUUCAGCUAACAUUUAUCAAAAGUGAAAAGCUGAUAUCGGAACUUCAGUUGUGACUGAUUGUGUGUGGGUAACUAGGGCUACUUUGUGUUCUUCUGUGUGUGUAGCUGUUAGUGAUGCGUGUGGUCAGCUGUGGCUGAUGUUUGUUGCUGUUUGUAUGUAAUUGUGCGUCACUGUGCAUGAAUUGCAGUGAUGUUGUUUAUGGGUAGUUACGUUUGUUGGGUGUGGGGUGGCAGUGUUUAUUCUAAGCUCCCCACAGUUUAUAAUAAAUGUUAUUAUACACUUACCUACCUUUUCCUCUUAGCAGUUGGCAGUGCCUCUAAUUGCUGUCAGAGGCAUUUAAAUCCAGCAAUGUAAACAUUACUGUUCCUGUAUAACGACAAUUUAUUCACUUGCAGGGAUAAAACUAGAGGAACGUGAUAUCCAGACCACUUCAUUUAGAUGAAGUGGUCCGGUUGCCUUUAGAGUCCCUUUCAGAUUGUGUAUUUCAAUAUACUACCUGAACUAUAUAUACUUAAACAUUGACAGACUUUUUUCUAUGUUGAUAUAAUUAGCUGAUUACUUGCAUGCUCAAUGGGGGGGGGGUGAGGGGGGGGUCGGGAUUAAGCAUUCUGCAUCUUAAGACUGCCUCCUCUGUCUAACUUCCAUCCUUUUUAAGUACUCCCUUGUGGAUGGUAACACAAGUUUAUACCAUCAGGAAGCACAGAUAAACUUUCCAUGAGUUGUAGUUCAGCUAACAUUUAUCAAAAGUGAAAAGCUGAUAUCGGAACUUCAGUUGUGACUGAUUGUGUGUGGGUAACUAGGGCUACUUUGUGUUCUUCUGUGUGUGUAGCUGUUAGUGAUGCGUGUGGUCAGCUGUGGCUGAUGUUUGUUGCUGUUUGUAUGUAAUUGUGUGUCACUGUGCAUGAGUUGCAGUGAUGUUGUUUAUGGGUAGUUACGUUUGUUGGGUGUGGGGUGGCAGUGUUUAUUCUAAGCUCCCCACAGUUUAUAAUAAAUGUUAUUAUACACAUACCUACCUUUUCCUCUUAGCAGUUGGCAGUGCCUCUAAUGGCUGUCAGAGGCAUUUAAAUCCAGCAAUGUAAACAUUACUGUUCCUGUAUAACGACAAUUUAUUCACUUGCAGGGAUAAAACUAGAGGAACGUGAUAUCCAGACCACUUCAUUUAGAUGAAGUGGUCCGGUUGCCUUUAGAGUCCCUUUAGAUUGUGUAUUUCAAUAUACUACAUGAACUAUAUAUACUUAAACAUUGACCGACUUUUUUCUAUGUUGAUUAGAAACCUCAUAGCCAUAAAAUUGAAAGCAAAGCUGCAACUGAAAUCUAUAUUUGAAAAGCCUUACACAUUUUACAUACAUAAUAUUGUAUUUAUUAUCAAUUUAUAUCUACUGGAGUUUAUCUAUGAUUCUUAAAACGUGACAUAUAUUUAAUGUAAAGACUAAGAUGUUAAUUAGGGGCCAUUCAGGCUUCCAAUAAUGCUCAUUCAUUCAUUCAUAUUUUUCUUUUGAACCAGGGUUCCAAGCCAGGUGCUUGUUCGCAGAAGAAGGAAGUGAUUCCAUUAAAAAGGGACUUGCUCUGUCUAAAGUGAAUCAUUUGCUGUUACCCUCUUUUUCUGUUUUCAUAUUCCACUUCCCCUGUCUAUUAACAAGUAUUGUUUUUAAAAUCUAGAUAAUAAGUUACAAUGCUAUGUAAUAAUCAACUGUCCAGUUUAGUCCAUCUCCUCUAUAUACCCCUUGUUUUUUUUCAGAAUAGCUGUGUGCAUGUGCCCUAUGUCAUGUUUUAACCUAUUCCAUUUGAAAGAUUUUCCCAAUAUCCCCUCAUAAAAUGUUAGUUAUUUUGCAUUUUGUCUCAGUACUAGCCCUGUGACUAUUUCCAGCCCUCAAGUACAACAUUCACUGUGACAAAUUUAUACUUUAACAAAUUUGUUGAAUUUUCUGAGGUAAGGUAUGUCCACUAAGGUUAAUGUUAGUACAAAACACACAUUACUGUGAUGUUAACAAAUAAAAAUAAGUGUGACAGAGACAUAUGCACAUAUAUUAACCCAUAUGGCUCAACAUUUUAAGCCAACUUGGCCAAAGCUAAGAGGUGUUUUCAUUAUUAUUUAGGUGUCAUUGCUAAAUAUUCUACUACAUGCAGUCUUUCAGAUGAACAAAUGUUUUCUAAACUAUAAGCAUCAUAAGCACUACUGUAGAACUGUAUUGUAGUAGUUAUGGUGGCAGGAGUCAUCUGACAUCCGCACAUUAUAAGAAGUCAAAUUGUUUUCGAACAGUUUGACUUCUUACAUGGGUCCCGUCAGGAGUAGUCCUUCACCUCAACUACUUCACACAGAGAACUGGAAGUUCAUUCCUGAGAGUGAUCAGCUUACAGAAGCUCAAACAUAGAAAGUAAUGGAAGUGGGGAUCAGAGCUCGAUGGAAGUCCAUCCAUUCUAAAAUGGUUUGACAACUUACACUAGGCGAUGGGGGAUUGGGCAACCAUGGCACAUAAAUACUAAAGUGCCCUGUUGUAAAUAUGGUGCUUUGAGUGCUCAUUUAAAUUUUGGCUGUUAGGUUCUGUUGAAUUUCUUUUGUAACACUUUGGCCCACGCUUUGACACAUGAAGGUCAAAGUCAUUCCCUUAGUCAAUUAUUAAGAUUUAGGAUGGAGUUAUUUUUGGAAAACUACUUUGCACUGAGUAAGCAAGAAUAUUAUGCAACUGGCUUUCUGCAGAAUCAGUUUGUAAAAUAAAUAAAAAUUACAUUUCCUAACUCUCUUUUUGUAUGUCUGAAAGCAAAUUGUUACUCUGUGUCUAAUGUAUUAUGGCUUUUUGUAACACUGUAAUACAUUAUAUUGUGUCAAA